AGGAAGGACUGGACGACGGACCAGACUUUCUCUCCGAGGAGGACCGAGGAAAACUUGCGUUAGCAGCAGAUAGCCCCGCCUGUUAGCAUUAGCGCGCUGCUACCCGGACGUUAGCUCAGCUCGGCUCGGAGGGAACUGGUUCUGCCAGCGGCAGGUCACGUGCACCUGUUUCAACUUCCAAAGGGAUGUCGACACGAAGCUAACAUGCUAAGAGUUAGGCCUGGUACACACCCCAGGGCGGUCGGCGUGGACCUCCAGACGGACGCCACGCUGCAGGUGGACAUCUCGGACGCCCUCAGCGAGAGAGACAAGGUCAAGUUCACCGUGCACACCAAGAGCACGCUGCCCAGCUUCAAGCAGAGCGAGUUCUCGGUGGUCCGUCAGCACGAAGAGUUCAUUUGGCUGCACGACUCCUUCGUGGAGAACGAAGACUACGCCGGAUACAUCAUCCCGCCCGCCCCGCCCAGACCCGACUUUGACGCCUCCAGAGAGAAGCUGCAGAAGUUGGGCGAGGGCGAGGGCUCCAUGACCAAGGAGGAGUUCACCAAGAUGAAGCAGGAACUCGAAGCAGAGUACUUGGCCAUCUUUAAGAAGACGGUCGCCAUGCACGAGGUCUUCCUGUGUCGCGUGGCGGCGCAUCCCGUCCUCAGGAAGGACCUCAACUUCCACGUCUUCCUCGAGUACAACCAGGACCUGAGCGUGCGAGGGAAGAACAAGAAGGAGAAGUUGGAGGACUUCUUCAAGAACGUCGUGAAGUCGGCAGAUGGUGUCCUGGUGGCGGGCGUCAAGGACGUGGACGACUUCUUUGAGCACGAGAAGACUUUUUUGUUGGAGUAUCACAACAGAGUGAAAGACGCCUCGGCCAAGUCGGACAGGAUGAUCCGCUCCCACAAGAACGCCGCUGACGACAUCAACAGAAUGGCGUCGUGUCUGUACGCGUUGGGAACGCAGGACUCCACGGACCUGUGCAAGUUCUUCCUCAAAGUGUCCGAGCUCUUUGAGAAGACCAGGAAAAUCGAAGCUCGGGUGGCCGCCGACGAGGACUUGAAGUUGGCCGACUUGUUGAAAUAUUACCUGAGGGAGUCGCAGGCCGCAAAGGACCUUCUGUACCGCCGCGGUCGAGCGCUCCUGGACUACGAGAACGCCAACAAGGCUUUGGACAAAGCUCGCGCCAAGAACCGCGACGUCCUCCAGGCGGACACCGGCCAGCAAGUGUGUUGCCGCAAGUUUGAUAAGAUCUCAGAGUCCGCCAAGCAAGAGCUUAUUGACUUCAAGACGAGGCGAGUGGCGGCGUUCAGGAAGAACCUGGUGGAGUUAGCCGAGCUGGAGCUUAAACACGCCAAGGGGAACUUGCAGUUGUUGCAGAGCUGUCUGGGAGUCCUGAAAGGAAACACUUAACCAUGCCUCCCUUGUCAGAGCCACGCUCCCUCCACCUGGACAACGCCCUCAGCGUGGGGGUGUCGUUUUGGGGGGGAUCAUGUCGGAUGGACUACAGAACCACAACAAGAAGGCUUAAAACUACACAGGACUUUUGUUAUCUUCCUCCCUAACCACAAGCUGUCCUCUUCAUCAACUAACACACACACACACACAGACACACAAUUUGUCCUUGGGUCAGACUGUUUCAGUCUGGGUCAAUUUGGAGCAGUCUGGUACUGUCUGGCUCACUCUGGUCCAGGUCCUGGAUCAGUUUGGUACAGUCUGUUUCAGUCAGGAUCAAUCUGGCUCAAUAGGGGUCAUCCAGUCGAGGUCCAUCUGGAUCGGUCGGGUACUUUCUGGAUGAGUCUGGUCCAGGUCUUGGAUCAGCGUGUCCAGUCUGCAUCAGUAAGGAACUGUCUGGGUCUGGAUCAGUUUGGUCCUGAUCCUCUUCCGAUCUGGGUCACUGGAUCUGGAUCAGUCCAGUCCAGUCCAGUCAGAAUCUUUCUGUAGCAGUGUGGUUGAAUCUGAAUCAGUCUAGUGAAGUUUUGCUCAACCUAGAUUAGUCUUAAUCAGUCUGGUCCAAUCCCCGGGUCAGUCCAGUCUAACUUUGGACAGUCGCCAUGGCGCACAUUCUCCCGUUUCCUGUCAUCUUACUUUGGCGAGAUCAUUGGGUGGUGUUCAACUUCUUUUGCCGCCUUCUCCUCCAGGUGUGGUUCCUGUUCGUAUUCAAAUGAGCGAAAGCCUCGGACAGGUUUGUAUUCCAGUCCAGUACAGUUGUUGACUAAUGGCUGCUUACGGCCAUCUUGGUCAUCUUCCUCUCUUAAUUGUAGCUCCUUUUUGUUUUUGUUGGUGGGGCGCGCUUGUGUGUUUGCCUUAAUGUUACUCUUGUUGAUUUUGUUUCUUUUCACUGUAAACGAAUGUUUUUCACUCUUCACGUGACCAAAGCUUCCGUAUCAUCUUGAGAUGGCGAUCGAGUACAAAAAAAAUAAAGGGGCCAGUCCAACAAACGA